AGCGUUUACUUUGUUUUGUUUUAUUGUGUAGGGGUUUAUUGCUGCUCCGAUAGAGCUUUUCCUCUUGUGUUUGCAGCUUCUCUGAGGGAGAGACACACAGGAAGAACCAGGAGCCCUGGACUGCACAAACAAGGAACGUAGGAGGAGUCCACAUAAGCAACAGGACUGGAAGGAUUUCACCUUGUUGCUGCUUGUUUCAGGCGAUUUUCCGUCCUCCUCCUUGAAACGCCCCAGCAGAGGGUUUCUUUGUUGCUUUCGCUACCGACCAGAAGCAAAUCCUUUGCAUGUUUUUGGAGGUGGUUUUUACUGCGGUUCCCUUGCAAGAAACAGACCAGCACCUUCCUGCUAGGAGGGAAAUCUGAGCAACUGAGGUUUCCCCCACCUCCGGCUGAGUGUGAGAGUUCGAGUCACACCCCUACUGGCCUGUAGCUGACUUCAAAUCUAACUGGAAUCACAGCUAGGGCUGCUAAAUCUACCUGGUCAAGGACCCUUCAAACCCUCAUAUUGAUGACAGAUUUGUAGCCAAAGGAAAAUCGGAUUAAUAUAAUUGUGGAGCUCUGGGGAGAUAUCUUGAGCCUACUCUGUCUGCAUGGCUAAUCUUGCAAUUGUCUGAAAUAAAUCUUUAGUUCAAGGAGUAGUGCGAUAUUUUCCCUUGGUUUUAGGUUUAUUUUCUACUCAUACAAGCAUUUAACACUUCUGUAGCAGGGGUUUAACGGGGAAUGGGACACAUGCGGAAAACUAACCUGCUCCAUAACAAUCACAAGUGGGAAUAGUUUCCGUCAUCUUUGCGGUAUGAAAGGUGCUCUCUGGAUUGUCUGCUGGUGGCUCUCUAAAUGGAUCAAUCGCUCUCUCUGGUUUUGCUAGCGAUGUGAUGAAGGAUCCAGAUUUAUUGGAAUACUAACGCCAAUAAACUUACUCUCUCAGCGUUGAAGGCAUUGGAUGUGACAGUGCAAAGAAACAUGUGUUUCACAUUUCUGCCUGGUUGUUUUGGUGCAAUCAAUACCUCCACAAGAUACGUUGAUUUAGAUGGCGAUUAUAACACAGUCAUGCACACGGCGUGCUGCCUUCGGGUUGCAUGCAAAGUGAGCACAAAUCACCGAAUCCUCCGCUCCUGUAAACCGGGGGUUUCGGUUCCCCCCAGACUUCAGGAUGAAGGCAAAGGGCGAUGUCCUCAACCCACCAAAGAGAAACCGGCCUCGGGGUGUGGAGUGAUCAACGGCCAAAGAGCUGACAAAAGUGUCAUCAGGCAGUCGGAUCGACUGGGGAUCCGUGAAGAAAUAAUAGUUGGAAGAAAGGUGGAUCGAGAAAUUAUUGCACGAAGGAAUAGCUGGAGAGACCGGAUGAUGAUAAAGUUAAACUUCUGUUUCUUCUUCUGUCGCGGAUGGUGGGCGUUUCUGUUGAUUCAGCUCCACAUGUUGCAAGCACUGGCACAAGAUGAUGUUGCACCAUACUUCAAGACUGAGCCUGGUUUGCCCCAGAUCCAUCUAGAGGGGAACCGUCUUGUACUCACGUGCCUUGCGGAAGGCAGCUGGCCCUUGGAAUUUAAGUGGUUACACAAUGACACUGAAAUCACUGCCUACUCCACUGAAUAUAAAUACAUCAUCCCAACCUUGCGAAGGUCCCAUGCUGGGUUUUAUCAAUGUGUGGUGCGGAACAGGAUGGGGGCACUCUUGCAAAGGAAAUCUGAAGUUCAAGUGGCAUAUAUGGGAAAUUUCAUGGACACAGACCAGAGAAAAACAGUGUCACAAGGACAAGCUGCAGUUCUAGAAUUCCUGUACAUCAUCAGCUAUCCCAGACCACAAGUGACUUGGUUUAGAGAUGGCCACAAGAUUAUUCCAAGCAGCAGAAUAGCUAUAACACUGGAGAAUCAGUUGGUGAUCCUUGCAGCAGAAGCAACAGAUGCAGGAGGUUACUAUGUCCAAGCAGUCAAUGAAAAAAAUGGAGAGAACAAGACGAGUCCAUUUCUUUAUCUGAGUGUAGCGAAUGCCAACAACGUAUCUGACACCACAGCUCCUAUCAUUGUAGUCCCUCCGCGCAACACCAGUGUGAUAGCAGGGAGCAGUGAAAUCACACUGGAAUGUGUGGCCAAUGCAAGACCUGUUGAGAAACUGAGCAUGACCUGGAAGAGAAAUGGAAUAAAAAUAAGCAGUGGGGUUAACAGUUUUGGGAGACGUCUUACUAUCACCAACCCAACCACUGCUGACAUUGGGAUGUACUUUUGUGAGGCAGAGUUGAAAGACAUCACUGUUGAGCCGGCAAGAGCAAAGGCCUUCCUCUCUAUAAUGGAGCCACCCUAUUUCACUGCUGAGCCUGAGUGUCGAAUUUUGGCCGAGGUGGAGAAAACAGUGGACCUCUUAUGUCAGGCAAUAGGAGUUCCCAUUCCCACUCUAGCCUGGUAUAAGGACUCUGUUCCUAUCAACAAGCUACAGAAUCCUCGUUACAAAGUGCUAACGAAUGGGGGGCUGCAGAUCCAGGGACUGCAUCCUGAUGACUCCGGAAUCUUUCAGUGUUUUGCCAGUAAUAAAGCUGGAGAAAUACAGACUCACACCUACCUGGAUGUAACCAAUAUUACACCAACAUUUACCCGACCUCCAAUGGACACUACUGUUACAGAAGGGAUGACUGCAGUAUUAAGCUGUGAGGUUACUGGGGCUCCAAAACCUGCCAUCACAUGGAAAAGGGGGAACCAGAUCUUAGCCAGUGGCUCUGUUCAGAUUCCCAGGUUCAUUCUUCUUGAAUCUGGUGGGCUCCAGAUUAUUCCCGUCUUCCUCCAGGAUGCUGGCAAUUAUACCUGCUAUGCAGUCAACUCUGAAGGAGCCCUGAAUGCUUUCGCUGUCCUGACUGUCUGGAAUCGCACUUUUAUUGUUCACUCUCCUGAAGACAGCACUGUUAUUAAGGGAACCACAGCCACUCUACAGUGUGAAGCAACUCAUGACCCUAGAAUUUCAAUCAGGUAUGUUUGGAAGAAGGAUGGCAUUGUAAUAAACCCAUCUAGCAGUUCCAGAGUUACAGUAGAGAAAGGUGGUACCCUCCAUAUUAGCCAGACCUGGUCAGGUGACAUUGGAGACUAUACCUGUGAGGUUAUUUCUUUCGGAGGAAAUGAAUCGAGAAGGGCUCGACUAGAAGUGAUAGAGCUGCCUCACUCCCCUCAGAAUCUUCUGGCCAUCCUGAAUUCUUCAUACAGCCGCAGCGUGAUGCUUUCCUGGGUGCGUCCCUUUGAUGGAAACAGCCCUGUUCUCUACUAUAUAGUAGAGUUGUCUGAGAACAACUCUCCCUGGAAAGUGCAUCUAUCAAAUGUUAACCCUAAGAUGACCAGUAUCACUGUGAGUGGAUUAACUCCAGCCCGUACCUACCAAUUUAGGAUGUGCGCUGUUAACCAGGUGGGCAAGGGCCAGUAUAGCACUGAGACCAGCAGAUUGAUGUUACCUGAAGAACCUCCCAGCGCUCCUCCUAAAAACAUAGUAGCAAGUGGACGUACCAAUCAGUCUAUCAUGGUUCAGUGGCAGCCUCCUCCUGAAAGUGAACAUAAUGGGGUUCUCCAUGGGUACAUCCUAAGGUAUCACCUGGCAGGCCUCCCUGGGGAGUAUCACUAUAAGAACAUCACCAGCGCAGAGAUUAAUUACUGUUUGGUGAAAGACCUGAUCAUCUGGACUCAGUAUGAAAUCCAGGUGGCAUCUUAUAAUGGAGCCGGGCUGGGAGCAUUCAGCAGAGCAGUGACAGAGUACACUUUACAGGGAGUGCCUACAGCUCCACCACAGAAUGUGCAAGCUGAAGCUGUGAACUCCACGACCAUUCAGUUCCUAUGGAAUCCUCCACCACAGCAAUUUAUCAAUGGUAUCAAUCAGGGAUACAAGCUCCUGGCAUGGCCAGUAGCUGCACCAGAGUCUGUGACUGUGGUCACCAUUGCUCCUGAUUUUCAUGGAGUUCACAGUGGCUGCAUUACCAACUUGAAGAAAUUCACUGCUUAUUACACAUCAGUUCUAUGUUUCACCACACCAGGGGAUGGACCACAAAGCCCACCAGAGCUGCUGUGCACUCAUGAAGAUAAGCCAGGAGCUGUGGGACACCUGAGUUUCACUGAGAUUCUGGACACGUCUCUCAAGGUCAGCUGGCAGGAACCUGUAGAGAAAAAUGGUAUAAUUACAGGCUACCAGAUCUCCUGGGAGGUGUACAGCAGGAAUGAAUCUCGUCUGGCUCGCACUCUAGCCAACACAACCCUUGAAUACAAAAUCACUGGGCUGUCGUCUCUCACAACCUACACUAUUGAGGUGGCAGCUAUGACUGCAAAAGGCACUGGGUUGGUCACCUCCUCUACCAUUUCCUCGGGAGUGCCCCCAGAACUCCCCGGUGCCCCAUCUAAUCUGGUUAUUUCUAACAUUAGUCCUCGCUCUGCCACGCUUCAGUUCCGGCCCGGAUAUGAUGGGAAAACCUCCAUCUCCAAGUGGAUAGUAGAGGGGCAGGUUGGUGUUCUAGGAGAGGAGGAGGAGUGGGUGAGUCUAUAUGAGGUGGAGAAUGAACCUGAUGCCCAGAUGCUGGAGAUACCAAACCUCAUUCCAUACACUCAUUACAGAUUCAGGAUGAGACAAGUGAACAUUGUCGGCCAAAGCCCACUUAGCCAACCAUCUCGUGUCAUCCAGACACUGCAGGCACCACCUGAUGUUGCACCAGGGAGUGUUACUGUACGCACUGCCAGUGAGACUAGCUUGUGGAUCCGAUGGAUGCCUCUCCUGGAUGCUCAAUAUAAUGGCAACCCAGAGUCGGUGGGUUACAGGAUAAAAUUGUGGCGUGUGGAUCUGCAGUCUCCAGUGCUCAUGAAGAUUAUCAGUGACCGGCUGGAGAGGGAAUUUACUGUUGAGGAUCUGGAGGAGUGGGUAGAAUAUGAACUGCAGAUUCAGGCCUUCAAUGCCAUCGGGGCAGGACCAUGGAGUGAAGUGGUGAGAAGUUGCACACGGGAGUCUGUUCCUUCUGCUCCCCCUGAGAAUGUGUCAGCUGAAGCAGUAAGCUCCACCCAGAUCCUACUGACAUGGACAUCAGUACCUGAACCAGAGCAAAAUGGACUUAUUCUGGGCUACAAGAUUCUGUUUAAAGCAAAAGAUUUGGACUCUGAACUAAAGACCCAAAUAGUGAGAGGUAACCACACACAGAGUGUCCUGCUGGCCAGCUUGAGGAAAUACGUUCUUUAUGAGAUUCAGGUGCUGGCAUUCACACGUAUUGGAGAUGGGGUCCCUAACUUUCCUCCAGUCAUAGAGAGAACCAAGGAUGAUGCCCCAGGACCUCCUGUGAGGCUGGUGUUCCCUGAAGUGAGACUGACAUCAGUACGAAUUGUGUGGCAACCACCAGAGGAACCCAAUGGAAUUAUUCUGGGUUAUCAAAUUGCAUACCGCCUGGCAACCAGCAGCCCUCACAGGUUCACCACAGUGGAAGUUGGCUCAACAGUCAGACAGUUCACAGCUACUGAUCUCAGCCCUGAGUCUGCAUACAUCUUCCGGACAUCUGCCAAGACCAGACAGGGCUGGGGAGAGCCUCUGGAAGCCACAGUAAUCACUACAGAACAGAGAGAGCGGCCAACACCUCCCAGAGAGCUGAGGAUACCCCAGUCUGAGGUGUCAUCACAGAGCCUGCAGUUACAAUGGGUUCCUGGUAGUGAUGGAUCUUCACCAAUACGGUAUUUCACUGUGCAAGUGCGGGAACUUCCAAAUGGAGAAUGGAAAACCUAUUCCUCAUCCAUCAGUCAUGAGGCGACGUCCUGUGUUAUUGAGAGGCUGAACCCAUUUACCUCUUAUAAGCUGCGCCUGAAAGCAACCAAUGAUAUUGGGGAUAGUGACUUCAGUCCUGAGACAGAAGCAGUCACCACUCUGCAGGAUGUUCCAGGUGAACCUCCACGUUCUGUGUCAGUAACUCCCCACACUACCUCCUCCGUCCUCGUUCAGUGGCAGCCACCAAAGGCUGAGAGUCUGAAUGGCUUGCUGUUGGGGUAUCGGAUUUAUUACCGGGAGCUGGAGUAUGAAACUGGGCCUGGAACAGAGUCCAAGACUAUUAAAAUCCCUUCAGCUUUACGAGCUGAGCUUACACCCCAAAGCAGCUUCCAGACAGUGAAUAGCCCAUCUGCAUUAACGACAUAUGAAUUAACACAGCUGAAGAAAUACAAGAGAUAUGAAGUUGUAAUAACAGCAUAUAACAUCAUUGGGGAGAGCCCUACCAGUGCACCUGUGGAAGUGUUUGUUGGUGAAGCAGCACCAGCAAUGGCCCCACAGAACAUCCAAGUAAACGCCCUUACUGCGAGCCAGCUAGAGAUCACCUGGGACCCACCUCCUGUCGACAGCCAAAAUGGGAACAUACAAGGCUACAAGAUUUAUUACUGGGAGAUGGACAUCCAGAAUGACACUGAGAAAGUGAAGGUCCUUUUCCUCCCAGAGACAACAGUUCGGCUGAAAAAUCUGACCAGCCACACCAAAUACCUGAUCUGCAUAUCUGCCUUCAAUGCAGCAGGGGAUGGACCAAGAAGCAGCCCCAGGCAGGGCAGGACACACCAGGCUGCUCCCAGCGCUCCUAGCUUCCUGGCAUUCUCAGAAAUCACUUGCACUACACUCAAUGUGUCUUGGGGAGAGCCGACAGCAGCAAAUGGAAUCCUGCAGGGUUAUCGAGUGGUGUAUGAGCCCUUGGCACCAGUCCAGGGGGUGAGUAAGGUGGUGACUGUGGACAUAAAAGGAAAUUGGCAGCGCUGGUUAAAGGUCCGAGAUCUCACCAAGGGGGUGACCUACCUAUUCAGAGUGCAAGCCAGAACCAUCACCUAUGGACCCGAGCUACAAGCCAACAUCACAGCUGGGCCAGCAGAGGGGUCUCCUGGCUCCCCUCAAGAAAUUCUGGCUACAAAAUCUGCUUCUGGGCUGACUCUGCAGUGGAUUGAGGGAGAUUCAGGGGACAAACCCACAACUGGGUACAUCAUAGAGGCGCGGCCAUCAGAUGAAGGACUGUGGGACACGUUUGUGAAGGACAUCCCCCGCAGUGCUACCUCCUACACAGUCGGUCUGGACAAGCUAAAACAGGGGGUGAGCUAUGAAUUCCGAGUGGUUGCAGUAAAUGAGUUUGGCUAUGGAGAACCAAGCAUCCCAUCUGCAGCAGUAUCAGCCCAAAUGGAAACCCCUUUCUAUGAAGAGUGGUGGUUCCUACUAGUGAUGGCUCUGUCUAGUCUCAUCCUCAUCCUGUUAGUGGUGUUUGCGUUGGUCCUACAUGGCCAGAGCAAGAAAUACAAGAACUGCAGCACAGGUAAAAACAUCUCGAAUGUGGAAGAGUCGGUCACACUGGAUAAUGGAGGCUUCACAUCCCUGGAGCUCAACAGCCGACAUCUCAACGUAAAGAGCACUUUCUCCAAGAAGAAUGGAACGAGGUCCCCUCCUCGCCCAAGCCCUGGUGGGCUGCACUACUCAGAUGAGGAUAUCUGCAACAAGUACAAUGGAGCAGUGCUGACUGAGAGUGUGGCCCUGAAUGAGAAGCCUUUGGAAGUGUCAGAAUCAGAGGCCACUGACUCGGAUUAUGAAGAUGAGUUGCCAAAGCACUCUUUUGUGAACCAUUAUAUGAGUGACCCCACAUACUACAAUUCUUGGAAGCGUCAGCAGAAGGAUGUGAAGCACCCAACGUCCUACAGGUACGAAGAGUGCGCGGCGAGUGAGACAGAACCCUAUUUCCAGACUGUCAUCACAACACAGAGCACAGGUGGGGUGUACACCCCAACAGGACAGCCUGCUCCCGGCUCACGGACUCCAGUGACAGGGUUCUCCUCCUUUGUCUGACACUGGGAGGAACCUGACAGCACUCCUGUGGAGAUGAGAAUGACCUAUCAUAGUGACUGCGUGUGUGAUCGGUGCAGGGAACUGUGGGGAAAUUUCUCUAUCAGGGUAGAACAGAGGUGAACGUGAAUGAGUCUCUUUUUCUGAAGACAAUCAACUCUUAAAACAUGGAGCUGAACGUGCUAAACUUUUGUUUAAAAAAAAUAUUCUGAAAAGGUACAAUUUUAACCACUUGUGAAUAGUAGGGGGGGGUUUUAACCACUUUUGUAACACUGCUUCAGGAAGCAGUUUCCAUAUUCUUAUUUCCUCUUUCCAACCGAGGAGGUGAAUUCCUUUGAUGCAGUGGGUGGCUUUGAUGUAAUUUGAGGAGAAAACACAAGAAACCUCCCAAGAUCUCCCCUCCUCAUCAGGAUCAAGUAGGAAUAUUUAAAGAGAGGGGAAUGUUUUUCAUGAAAAGCCACAACAUUCUUUCCCCUGCUCCUUAUCACCAUUCUGCCUCCACCUUAGAAACACCAGCUGAUUAGUUUACAGUGGUAUCACUUCUCUUGCCUGUAGUUUCGCUACGGUUUGUUUCUGAUAAUGAAUAUCUUACCUGCUUUUCUAUCCUACUCAAACAGGGUUUUUGAAUUUCUAAAAUAUUCCCACCCCAGGGCUACUCUAAGAGGAGAUAGCUUGGAAGCGCUGUAGACGGUACUGGGUGAAGCAGCUAGGAUGCUAUUCUGAUGUGGUGUCCGUUUGUUCUUGGUGUGGCUCUAACCCUCCUUUGGUACCAUUUCAGUUGCAAAUCUGAAAGGAAAAAAUAGCAAGAAGAGGAAAAUUUGAAUGAACGUGACAGUUACAAAAUGGGGAACCUGCUAACUGAUUGAUUGGUUUUCAGUAAUCAAAGUUGUCCUUCCUUGUUGAUAGAAGCCAAGCGCCUUCUUACCUGCCAUGCUGCUCUGAUUUGAUUCUGCAGCACUGCCCACUGAUCUAUAAAAAGUACAUAUUGUUAACGGGGUCGGUUUGUUUUUUAUUUAAUACAAAGACCAUAUCACACGAAGGGGGUGAGUUUUGGUGUCCACAGGUGCCUUUUAUUGAUUGUUGCAGCUUUGUACAUGAGAGAAGCGUCAAAAUAUCUCCAAAUAAAGUUCAACGGGUUUUCAAACAUUAGGGUUGCGAAUUACCUCGUGCACAUUUACAGGCUGGCUCUGUGCACUGAACCUCCAGUCGUUAGAAAUGAGAGACCCUUUUUUGUUUGUUUUACAUCCAUUUUGUACUGCCCCGUUUUUGACCCGCAGAGCUUCAGGCUUUUACCCAAGUCUGGUGUGUUUAUCAGCAAGUGGUUGUUUUCAAGCGGAAGCUGUCAGUGGUUUAAAGAAUCCCAGUCCAGCCUUUGGAUUUAGCAACAGUCCUGCGACACCAUGAGGUGUUUGAAACAAUUAGUGUGGAGUAAUCAUACCCUUGGCACUGCUGCCAUCUGGCAGUUCCUUCCAGAUGUGUUUGGGGAACAGCCAUGAAAAAUUGGCUCUGCUGCAACUUCAUCAGGCACCUUUGGGGCGGGUGUGGAACAGCCUUGGCAUUACUAUCAUUGCUAUUUGUCCGCAUCUCUCAGCAGAGCCCUGAAACAGCUUUGGCAUUGUCCUGGCUGCUCCCUGCCAAUGGCCUUUAGAGCAGGUUUGAAACAGUCAUUGCAUUAUUACUGCUGUUACCUGCCAGUGCCUCUUCAGGGCAGAUGAGGAACUGAUUGGGCAUUGGCACUUCUUCUGGACAGGUGUGGUGCAAGCACAACGUCAGCACAACUGUUAUCUUUCAGUGCCUGCUCAGAGCAGGCAACUGCUUUAUCCUUCAGUACUGCCUCCGGGCACUGCAACUCUCGGUGCAUACUCUGUGUAGCCUUGAUAUGGGAUUUAUGUUCCUUUCCAAAAGCUUCAGAAAAGAAAGCGAUUCCAAACCAAAAACUUCAGAGAGUGCGUUUAACAGUUUUUGAAGUUGAGAUAACUAUCCGCAGUUCUUGGGAUGGCAAGUGUCUUGGAGAGACGUGUGCUUGGGGGAAGAAAGGAGCCUUCCUCUCUUCCAGUACUGCUUGUGCACAGGGGACAAUUGGAACUUGCUGUGAAGGUGAAUGUAGAAAUGGAGAACAUGGAAAGAAGCGACUGCCUCUCUGUGCACUUUGACUGUUCUCUUAAGCCAUAUGGACAUUGCUUUAAUUAAUUAACUGAAAAGAAUUUGUUUUGACGCUAUUAUUUGAAUUUUUGUUUUGUUUCUUGGGGAAAAUUACACGAGUGAGGGUUUGGGUUUUGCUUUGAUUUUUUUAAUAGCCUCAUUAUUUCCUGUGAUUUGAUUUUUUUUCAGCUUUAUUAUUUCCUGUGUCUGAGUGUGUAUUUUUAGAUUUGUUUGGGGGUUUUUUGUACAGAAUUGUUUCUACAAUGUAGCUGCCCUGGCAGUGUGAUUGCUGUUGGAAUUUUAGCAACUGCACUAAUCCAAUAGCCUUGAGGGAUGAUGUUAGUGGAAGCAUGUUUCCAGGCCCUUUCUGGUAAGAUACAUGGAUUGGAAGGGCUUAGAUCCAAACCUGGAAAGGCUUAGGUCCAAAGUCAGCCUUGGCUUAAGCAGGGGCACCACCACUGAUGACACCACCAGGUCUGAAUGUGGCACAUGAUAGAGCACUUCCUGGAAUAGUGUUACCACCCCAUUGGUUUGUAUCCCAACUUCCAUUCUCAUUUUGCAAACAGCUAGUGAACAGUGCAUGAUAAAAGGAAGUGAACCUUAAUGGCAACCAUUCCCCUGUGGCUUGAAGAGGGGAACGGUGAGAACUUGAUAGGGUGAGGUGAAGGGAAUAUUCCCCCUUCCUUAGAUCCUUCUGCUAAUUAACUGUCAGGAGGUUUGUUGAGGAGCCUACUGAACUGGCUGUAUGAGAACUCUCUUUGACUCCCAAAUAAGAAUGUCAAGAGUAAUUCUUUUAGGACCUGUUGACACUAACAGAGUAAGUUCUACUCAGUUCUAUUCUACCAGUCAUUUCCACAUCUGUUCAUUUAUUUAGGUUACCUUAUCCAUUAAGAAUGGAAGUGCAUGGCAUUAGUUACUCUUACCAAAUGGGAAUAUAAUGUGCAUUACCUCUCCCACUAUAAUGUAUCAUAGUUAAACACAUGAUAAAGUUGAGCCUCCCGUCAUCUGCUGUUAAUAUUCUGUAGUUGAAAAGGUAUGAUUAAUAGUUGUGUUUUACUUAUUAGGAUUUGAGGGAUUUAAGAUAAAUUGCCACGUCUGGUAUGAUGCACCCCAUCAGUUAGCAAGAAAAUCCUGUUUCAAAGCUGUGUUCUUUGGGAAUCGGAUCCUUUAAAAGUUAUGUUUCACGUUUGAGGAAAACUCAAGACACCAUUCCACAUUUUAGCCAAUAAGACCUGAGUAUGCAAAUAAACUAAAGCGCACUAUAGGUUGAGAUAGCUUAUGUCAGAAUCCUUCUACCCAUUACACCCACCUUCCACCAUAUCACUGUUCAGAACAAUCAUUUAAUUCAAGGCUUAUAUUUAAAAAAUCUGUUUCGCUCUUUUGCUCCCUCCCUCCCCCGUGGAUCUAUUUAAAAACAAAAACAGCAUAAUUAACGAAUCCAUGCAAGAGCACAGAGGGACAUCUCUGAUCUGAUUUUAAUGGAAACAUAUUUUUCUUGUCGUAGCCUUCAAAUAUAUCAAACCUCACACAGGAAAACAGUGCAUAAUAUUACACACCCAUCUCUGGGCUCAGAUUUCACUGCAAACCACUCAAUCAAUGAUGUCAUCUUUGAUGUAAGCAUAUAACCUGAAUCUCAAAUUAUCCGUGUAACAAAUCUGACUCUGUUGGAAAAGCUCACACAGAUUAAAAACCCCUCUACAAAUCUUUUGCAUCAUUCUGCAUAAUUCUAAGUAUGGAUUUUUCUUAACCUCUGGUUCUGUUUCAUAAGCAACACUGUCCCCCACCAAGCCUCAAUCAUUCACUCACUCUUUUGAAUGCUCUACAAGAUCUUUGUUUAAUGUAUCCACCGAGAAACAAGGUGGGUUAGGUAAUAUCUUUUAUUGUACCAAUUUCUGUGGGUGAUAGAGACAAGCUUUCAAGUCACACAGAGCUCUUCUUCAGGUCUGGGAAAGGUACCCCCAGCAUCACAGCAUGAUUUUUAGUGUCUAGCAGAAGGUGUCCUGGUCUGUGGAGAGCUUGUUUCUGGUCUUCAAACUCCUCUGGCCUUUAAACAACACCCCAGCCUUUCCAAGCUCAUCACCAAAAGCGGGCUCCCCACAGACCAGGAAACAACAACUCAAAACGGCAACAGAUCCUGCCAGAACAAUAGAUGCAACAUCUGCAGACAUAUAUCUGCUGCUACAAUGAUCAACAUCCUCCACAAGAAACUUUUCAAGACCCUUGGAUCCACAACAUGCGGUGUACCUCAUCCAGUGCAUAAAUGCCUCAAUAACAGCUAUGGGGUGAAAACAGACAAUCACUUGUGCUCUCACAUGAAUUCAUGCAGGAAAAUGAUAAAUGACAAAACACCCUAUCAUCUGUGGGUGAACACUUUUCACAAAGCGAUCACUCUAUAUCUGACCUCUCAGUCCUCAUCCUCAUCGGAAACCUGCACAACACUUUCAAAAGAAAGCCUGGGAACUUAAAUUCAUUACUCUGCUAACCUCUAAAAAUCAUGAACUGAACAGAGACACUGGAUUUGUGGCUAAUUACAACAACCUGUAACCCACUAACCCCCUCUUUUUGUCCUAUGACUGCAGAGGUCUUAAUGGGACACUCUACCUUCAAGUCGCUUACAGUAUGUGGUAACUAUUUACGCUACACAAUCUGUUGCACCUUGCACUUUGCAGUGUUGCUUGGAGUACCCAACCCAGACCUGAAGAAGAGCCAGGGCCAACGCUUCCAUUUAGGUGGCCUAGGCAAUUGCCUAGGGCGCCAGGAUUAUUGGGGGGCUGCAUUUUGCCCGGGGGGGGCGGCAGGCGGCUCCGGUUGUCCGCGGACGGUCCGCUGCUCCCGCGGCUCCGGUGGACCUCCCGCAGGCACGACUGCGGCAGCUCCACUGGAGCCGCGGACCAGGGGACCCUCCACAGGCAUGACUGCGGCAGGUCAACCAGAGCACAGGGCGACGAAAUGGCUGGGCACCUAGGGUGCUAAAAAUACUAGCGCCGGUCCUGAGAAGAGCUCUAUAUAGCUUGAAAGCUUCUCUCUCUCACCAGUAGAAAUUGGUUCAAUAAAAGAUAUUACCUUUCCCACCUUGUCUGUCUAAUAUCCUGGGACCAACACAACUACAACUACACUGCAUACAAUAAUGUUAUAAAUCCUAAUGCCAGACAAUUGCUGAAAUCGUGUGCUAUGCUGCAGUACUAAUGAAGAGACAGGAGAGGGCACUGUUUCACUUUAAUCAAUGACAACCUCUUGCUUUUUUCAUCAUGUCCUGCAGUUGCCCGGGGACGUGAAUGGAAAGUGAAAAGUUUCAACAGCAUUUACUAAAAUGUUUUUGGAAGUAAUUGCUGCCCCUGCAAAGAAGAAGAAAUAUUUGAAAAGAGGGGCUGGUUAUUUCCCCAAUGGGAAAUGUUUUGCCUUUAUCUAAGUGCGAAAAUACAGGCUUGUGACAUUUUCCAGGUUGGCUGAGGUCUCAUUUGAGUCCAUACUCCCAGAUCAACAUCAGACUGCUGCAGUAUUUGGUCAGAGCAAGCAUCUGACUUGGGCUCCUCCAUGUGAAGAUGCACUUACUAUCCUUAUCAUUGCUUACCUCAAGAAAUCAAUGGCUUACACAAAAGGCUUCAAGAUGCUUCUCAGAAAGGAAGUAGAGGUAGCUUUUUGUGCACAUACAGCACUGCUGUCUUCCCCGUUUACUCUUCACAAUCCUCAUAAUCAAAACACAUCAGGCUAUUAUAUGUUCACUGAUUGCAGAAAAUGAAAUUAUCAGGAUAUGAAAAUAAAUUGUUUUGACAGGCCUACUGGAAAUCAGCUGAGUCUUGAAAAGUAGGGCUGUACAAGAGAGAGAGCACGGACGUGAUUUCAGACACUGCUUUCUGUCUGAGAGCUCCUCCAUAAAUAGUCAGCAGCAGGGAGUGUGCAAUAACGGAUGAGCUGUGGAGGAGAAAGGCCAUCACAGAACUAGGUGCUAGUAGAUGCCUUCUGUUGUGUAUAGGCUGGGAGUCAAACCUCAGUGUUUGCCAGUUCCUGGUUAAGUGAGACAUAGUAAUAAAAGAACCAAAGCUCAUUUGGGAAUCAGAGUGUGGUUGUUUUGUGUACACAAAAGCCACUGAUUAAAUUGGCUGAAACGUUCUCACUGCAGAAAGUCAUCCCCCAAGUUUGGAGUGGAGUUAUUGCAGGGAAUGAAAAUGAUAGAGAGAUGGGUGGGCCUAUGCAGGUGAGUCUGAGAACUUCAUCUUUGUAGAUAACCCUCCACCCCCAAUAGCCAAACAAACUUGGUUUGCUGUCCAGCUACUGGUAGUGGAGUGCCUACACUGAUAAACACAUUCACCAUGCGUGGGACAGAUGAAGGAGAAGUGGAUUGGAUCAGACAGAAUCAGUCAAUGACCUUCCAUAUACAUAUCUGGAUAAGGGAUGUACUUCCAUUGUGACGUGAAUUUCAGGAUCUGACCCAGGAUGAUUACCCUCUCAGAGCUGCCACAAGCACCCUUUUAGUAGUGUCUUUUUCCUCGCGGUUAGUCGUGACUUGUUAGGAGAAUCAUGAUUUUCAACCCAGUUAGAUUUGAUCAUUGAUCUUGGCACUUAUAUCUUUGGAUUUGCAGGCCUGAAGCCGGAUUUUAUAGCAAAGGUAUCCUCCGUGCCUGUCUGUUUCUCUGCCCUGCACACUAAGCCCAUGCUCUUCCAUCCACACACAAAUCAAUCUGACUCGGAUCAGCAGGAAAUAAGGACCCAGGUCCUUGGACCCUGCUGCUGGGGAUGAGUCAGAGCCCAAGUCCGGCUGUAACUCAGGUCCAAGGCCUUUCAUUUUACAGCGUGUAUGCAGGUCAAGCCGCAGUCCCAAGGCAGAUGGUCUGAGUAGUGUAAUAUGGACAUGUCAGCGUGGCUGUGAGACCUGGGUCAAGCAAUUAUAAAACCAGGGUUACAGUGCAGUGUAGAUGGGCUUGCAAACACUUGGUAGGUCUACACAGCCAUUAAACACCCCCAUGGCUGGCCUGUGUCAGCUGACUCAGGGUCCCAGAGCUCAGGCUGCCCCCAUCCCAACAGAGUCCCAGAGCUCGAGCUCCAGCCUGAGCCCAAACAUCUACAUCACAAUUAAACAGCCCCCGUAACGCGACUCCUGUGGGUGUAGUCAGCUGACACGAGCAGUGUAGACAUACCCACCAGGUUCACAAGCCCAAGUUCCAUCAGCCCAGGCUUAGCGUGCAGAGCAGAUAUACCUCAAGGCAUCUAAGCUACGUCUGGAAACGAGAUCUUCCUAGUCAUGCGACAGGUGGAGCCUUGCAGGUGGGGGUAUGGUAUGUUUGCACUAGAUCUAGCGUACUGUAUAUGUUAACCCUGUGAAUAGCAGGCACUGCUGUGACCUAUGUCUGUACAGUGUGAGGUCUCAGGUAGCAGAAAGGUGCAAGAAAACUGUACAUUGAGUUUGUAGCCACACACUUGUUACUCUUCAAAUGGAGAUUUAGUCGUUUGAUGUGUCUGCUGUCAGCGUAGGAGGUAGAACCAAUGUUUCACAGCUCGUUUCAAGAAUUAGUCUCUUUUUACUGUACUGUGGUAAUUGGGUCCUGCUUUUACUUUGGGUUUAUUUUCCUCAGCAUUUGACCUGUUUUUUGUUGCACUCCUGUUGUUAGCCUCACUCCCACCACUCCCCUCUUUUAUAUGAAAAAAUUAUUUCUUCUUUUGCAAAAUUGCUUCUGA